AAAAGACUCGUUCCGUUCGAUGCCGUCACCCUUCAAACGCUCAUAUCGCUCGUUUAAAAAUCCCUCCUUGGUGCCGAUAAACAAUUCGACACGGAGCUGGCGAGAUGACCCUUUACGCUGCCAGAUGCCCUUCUUCCUUCGCCACUGCCGCCGUCGAUCCCUCGAGCGCCCUCCGUUCUAUCAGAUCGUCCACCCUUCUCGCGUCUGUUCCUGGAAGGGUUUUAGCGGGAGGAGUGUCCGACUCUUCUGCGAGCCAUUGGAAAUUAAGAGUUGCCUGCAAGCAAGAAGCUAUAAGUGUGCCUGUAUCUGUUGCAAAAGAAGCUCCUUUCAAGAAUGUAGAAAAUAGUGGUGUUUUCGCUUUAUCUUCACUGGAAUACAGACAUGUCACAAGUCCUAAUCCAAGUGAUGGGGAACCAACAUUUAGUAUUAUCAUGGUUGGAGCAUCUGGGGACCUUGCUAAAAAGAAGAUAUUUCCUGCUCUAUUUGCACUAUAUUGUGAACAUUGUCUUCCAAAGAACUUUACUAUAUUUGGUUAUGCUAGAAGUAAGAUGACCGAUGCUGAACUAAGAACCAUGGUUAGCAGAACACUUACUUGCAGAAUUGAUAAAAGAGAGAAUUGCAAUGAGAAGAUAGAAAAAUUCCUAAAACGAUGCUUCUAUCAUUCAGGCCAAUAUGACUCUGAGGAGAACUUUGCAGAGCUUGACAAGACGCUGAAAGAGCAUGAGGGUGGGAGGGUGUCAAACCGGCUGUUUUAUUUGUCAAUUCCACCAAACAUAUUUAUAAAUGUAGUGAAGUCUGCAAGCAGAUCGGCUUCUUCCAAGAAUGGAUGGACCAGGGUAAUAGUUGAAAAACCAUUUGGCCGUGACUCUGAAUCUUCUGCUGCUUUGACGAGUGGACUAAAACAGUACCUAGAUGAAGAUCAAAUUUUUAGGAUUGAUCAUUACUUGGGGAAGGAACUUGUCGAGAAUCUAUCUGUUCUUCGAUUUUCAAAUCUUAUUUUUGAACCACUAUGGUCUAGGAAAUAUAUCAGGAACGUGCAGCUGAUUUUCUCUGAAGAUUUUGGUACAGAAGGACGGGGAGGGUAUUUUGAUCACUAUGGAAUCAUCAGAGAUAUUAUGCAGAAUCAUCUUCUCCAAAUUUUAGCUUUAUUUGCAAUGGAAACGCCAGCUAGCUUAGAUGCCGAAGACAUUAGAAAUGAAAAGGUGAAAGUUCUCCGUUCAAUGAGGCCAUUGCAAUUGGAAAAUGUAGUCAUUGGACAAUACAAGGGCCACGCAAAGGGUGGAGUGACACAUCUUGGAUACACAGACGAUAAGACUGUCCCUGAAGGGAGCCUUACCCCAACAUUUGCUGCAGCUGCGCUUUUCAUAGAUAAUGCAAGAUGGGAUGGGGUUCCCUUCCUAAUGAAAGCUGGGAAAGCAUUGCAUACCAAACGAGCAGAGAUUAGGGUUCAGUUUCGACAUGUCCCUGGCAAUCUCUACAAGCAAAAUUUUGGUACUGAUAGAGAACAAGCUACCAAUGAACUUGUUAUCAGGGUCCAACCUGAUGAAGCUAUAUACUUAAAGAUUAAUAACAAGGUUCCUGGCUUGGGGAUGAGAUUGGACCGCAGUAAUCUGAAUCUUCUAUACUCAUCAAGAUAUUCUAAAGAGAUUCCCGAUGCAUAUGAGAGGCUACUUUUAGAUGCUAUUGGGGGUGAACGACGAUUAUUCAUCCGGUCUGAUGAACUUGAUGCUGCUUGGAACUUGUUCACUCCACUGCUCAAAGAGUUGGAGGAGAAGAAAAUUUCCCCCGAGCUCUACCCUUAUGGAAGUCGUGGACCAGUUGGCGCACACUAUCUUGCCUCAAAAUACAAUGUUCGCUGGGGAGAUCUCAGUGCAUCAGAUAUUGAUUGAUUAACUUGAUUAUUUUAUUGUCAUUUUAGUGGAAUCUAGUGAUGCAAUAACAUAACUAAGAGAAUAUUCUCACGAAGUGAGUUACAUUUGCAUGAGAUACUAUGUUGAUCAACUGAAAUUUUGACAACAUUUAUUCAAUUUAUUAUGCAGACUGCUUACUAUCUUGAGUUCAAUCAGUCAAUGCAGUUGAAACGCAUUUUAACAAUUAUGAGUGUGAAGUGAGUAGAAUUUAUGAAUUUGUAAGAG